UUUUUUCUAUUUGUUCGUUCCUCCACUUUCUUCAACAAAGACUUGCUUCAGAGCGGUGGUUGACAACAAUCAGCAAACAAUUUCCACAUCAUGCGAGCAUUCCGAUCAGUGCUGCUCCUUUCAUUGCUGCUGAGCGUGGCUGCGUCUGCGCAGGCCGUGGCAAUCAAGGCAGGCCUCCACGACGCCAUCAACCCCUUCCAACCGGGCUCGUUGGCAACCGCCCAUCUCCACGUCGACAGCAACAAGACCAACUCAAACCCGACCCUGCCUGUCGAAGGCCUCGAUCUGUACUUUCCGUCCUCGGCGGGCUCCUACGACGUGGUUGUCUUUCUUGGUGGCUUGGCUGGCGAUGUUCCGGUUUCCAUGUACUCGGACAUGCUGCGCCGCGUUGCCGCUCACGGUGUGAUUGUGGUUGGCGUUUCGACAUACCAACUGCCGCUCGCUGACAUGCUUGCCACCAAGAUGCUCUUGGUGAUUGGCUGGGUGCAUCAGAAUAUGAAUCAGCUCAUGAUCAACUCGACCACGUAUGCUGGCGUCCAGGCCGAUUUUUCGAGGGGCAUUGUCCUUUCCGGUCACAGCGCCGGCGGCAAGAUUGUGACGCGCUUCCUCGAGGUCCAAUGCUCGCUCGUUCGCGCAUUGGUGCUCGUCAAUCCGGUUGACGGAGAGGAUCCGUGGGGCAUCCUGCCUGGCUUUGUGAUUCACCCGCCGUACCCGGUCAACUUUACCUUGCCCCUGCUCGUUCUUGGUGAAGGCCUCGGCCCUGUGGUGGCUCAGCCAGGUUUCCCGGCGUGCGCACCCGCGGGUCGCAACUUUCCUCGCUUCUACAAUGGUGCGCGUCCUUGCAAGUGGAUGAUCAAUGCGACCGACUUUGGUCACGCCGACUUGCUCGAUGCCGUUUACGUCGAGUUUGUUCAAGCCACCAAGCUCUGUGCCAGCAACAUGAACGCCUCCCUCGCUCAGUUCUCGACCUACCGGCAGUUCAUUGCCGGCACGAUUGUCUCGAUGACACGAGGCGCAAUCGACAGCCAGUGCGACGCCUACAACUACAUUCAGUCUCAGUCCCAGUUCCCCGCGGGUAUCAAUACGCUUGUUGACUCUGAUCUCACGUGCUCCUCGUAUGCUCGCAACUUUGGUGUCGCAUGUCCUGCGGGAGUCUGCAACGAACUUUAACGAUUGCGGGUUUUUGUUCGCAUGUUUGUGUGUUUGUGGUUGGUUUUGAGUUGUUCGCUUUUCGUUUCGUAGUUGUCAUAUAUUCGCUUUGUUUUGGUGCAUUGAGUCGCGUAUCGUGUUUAUGCCUGUCGUCUGUGCCUUGGCUGUACAUAAAGUCAUUCAGCUUGG